AUGGCUACUAGUUUUUUAUACAAGCUGACUGAAUUGGCUGCUUACACGUCGGCCGUUGCCGCAGAGGCAUAUCAAACUAUAACGGGUCCGGCAGAGAAACAGAGAAGUAACUCGUAUAGCGAAUAUCAUGAUGUGAUGCAGAUUAAAGCUGAUGACAACGAAAUGAUGGACGUUGACAACAAGAGAAAUGUCUGGGCUUCUGUCAAUAAUGUUGAUGAUGAAGAACCUCCGCCGCCAUAUGAUAGUUCGUGGAGAAUGCCUUCUCCCUCGGCUCAAAACCUACCAUCUACAGUUGAUGCCUCUUCUCCAUCAAGAGUUCAGUUCAAUACUCCCCAACCACAAUCCCGCCGUCGACAAAUUCGCAUUCGCCGUGGGACUCGCCGUCCUCUUCGUCGAAAAUCAUCUUCUCAAGACCUUCGUGAAAGCUCGGUUAAAUUUGAUGACGAAGAUGACCUAUUCUUAAAAUUCAACUGCAAGCUCGCAGACAUGAUUGCAGAAGGUAGAGCAGCAUUGACUAGUACGGUUGAUGUGACAGAAGUAGAAAUGAUGAUGGCCGAAGAACGAGAACGAGAAGAAAAGAUAAGGCGAGAUUUGGGAAUACAGACGCCGAUAUCUCGGAGACGACGGACGGGCAGUUCGAGUAGUGACAUCGAUUACUUUGCAGCUUCGCAUAUCGACAAUACAUCGUCACCUGUUACGUACACUUCCCCGAGCACAGUUUCAGAUUAUAGCUACUCUUCGCUUACUUCUUCGCCAAUAUCAUACACAUCCAGCGGGUUUUCUGGAUUGAAUAGUAGUUCGCCGGCAUCUGCGUACUCUGCAUAUUCAAAUUCUUAUUCGUCAUCAACGGGCAAGUUUGAUCGAAUAGCGGGGAGUAGCUUGGGAAGCCGUUCAUAUUCGAGCAUGAAAAUUUCUUCAGUGAAGGAGGGUAGAUUGGGAGUGGGAAGAGGAAUGGGAGUGAAAGAGUGA